AAGCUGCGAGGCACGAGUAUCCAGAAUGGAAGAAGCGCAUAGUAGUACUUUUGGGCUCGAAAUUGCAAAGAGUAGCGGUCUGUUAUUGGGGGACUCCGGUUUGUCUGAUCAGGAACAGGACGCCCCAGAACCUGGAAGAUGGGACCUCCGAAAAGACUGGCUGGCUGCUCAUCCUACGCUGACAAAGAUGAUGUCAUUGGAUGUGGCUGACAGCGGCUGUGUGUAUACCGCUUUCUUAGUAUACUUGGACCUCUUAGAAGCUAGAAACUGGCAUGAGGUCUCCUAUGUUGGACUCGCAGAAUUCCAGCUGAUAUGUCUUCAUGGGCGUGAGAGAGAAACUGAUGAUUUACAAGUAGUGGUACCAACUCCAGUCCAUGUGUCGUUUAGUCAUGAGAGGAUAAGGCAGAUCAUGAAGAGAACACAUACUGUGUCCGAUUCCCCGAUGUCCGUCACCCUGGCUAUAGUUGAGUCAGAUUCGACAAUAGUGUACUAUAAGCUGACAGAUGGUUUUGCCAUGCCCGACCCUCCUGAUGACCCUGAAGACUUGGACAAUAAACAGUGGCGGAAAAAAAGAAAGCGGCUCUUGAGAUGAGAGAGCCGCAGCCAGUCUGAAAAUGUGUUAUGUCAAUGGAUAAAAGUGCAUUCGGGUUCAACAUCUGCUUUGCAAAUCCUUGCUAAGUCCUGAGAAUUGGCAAGACAUCGAAAUGCAUAUUUUGCAAUAAAAAAUGGGACCUCAAAGAGGUCAUGGGCCAGUUCAAGAA